AUGGUGCACGGCAGGAUCUCCGGGCUCUCUGUGCGGGACGUGCGCUUCCCCACGUCACUAGGGGGGCACGGCUCGGACGCCAUGCACACAGACCCUGACUACUCAGCUGCCUAUGUUACAGUUGAGACCGAUGCAGAAGAUGGACUCAAGGGGUAUGGAAUUACCUUUACUCUGGGAAAAGGCACUGAAGUUGUUGUCUGUGCUGUAAAUGCACUUGCUCACCAUGUGCUGAACAAGGACCUUAAGGACAUUGUCAGCGACUUCCGGGGCUUCUACAGGCAGCUCACCAGUGAUGGACAACUCCGAUGGAUUGGUCCAGAGAAAGGCGUUGUGCAUCUGGCAACAGCAGCCAUUUUAAAUGCCCUGUGGGACCUGUGGGCUAAGCAGGAGGGGAAGCCUCUGUGGAAGUUACUUGUUGACAUGGAUCCCAAGACGCUGGUGUCCUGCAUAGAUUUCAGGUACAUCUCUGACUCCCUGACUGAGGAGGAAGCCUGUGAAAUACUGCAGAAAGGCCGAGUUGGCAGCAGAGAAAGAGAGGCACAGAUGCUGGCCCAGGGCUAUCCUGCCUAUACCACGUCAUGCGCCUGGCUGGGAUAUUCAGAUGAUACCCUGACGCAGCUCUGCUCCAAGGCCCUGAAGGAAGGCUGGACAAGGUUCAAAGUCAAGGUUGGUGCUGAUCUCCAAGAUGACAUCCGCAGGUGCCGGCUUAUCAGAGACAUGAUUGGACCUGAGAAGACGCUGAUGAUGGAUGCCAACCAGCGCUGGGAUGUGCCUGAAGCCAUAGAGUGGGUGUCCAGGCUGGCCGAGUUCAAGCCUCUGUGGAUCGAGGAGCCGACUUCUCCCGAUGACAUCCUUGGUCAUGCCACCAUUUCCAAGGCGUUGGCCCCCUUAGGAAUUGGUGUUGCAACCGGAGAACAGUGCCACAACAGAGUGAUAUUUAAGCAACUCCUCCAGGCCAGUGCCUUGCAGUUUCUUCAGAUUGACAGCUGCAGACUGGGAAGUGUCAAUGAGAACCUCUCAGUGUUACUGAUGGCCCAGAAGUUUGGAAUUCCUGUUUGCCCCCACGCUGGUGGAGUUGGCCUCUGUGAAUUGGUACAGCACUUGAUUAUAUUUGACUACAUAUCUGUCUCUGGAAGCCUUGAAAACAGGAUGUGUGAAUAUGUUGACCACCUCCAUGAACAUUUCAAGUAUCCUGUGAUCAUCAAGAAGGCAUCUUACAUACCUCCUAAGGAUGCCGGCUAUUCAACAGAAAUGAAAGAGGAAUCUGUAAAGAAACACCAGUUUCCAGAUGGUGAGGUCUGGAAGAAACUCCUUGCUGGUCAAGAAAAUUAA